AUGUCCUCGCGAUGCGUCGACGCCGUGGUCCUGUGUGGACUGCCCCCCGACGCGCGCGCGGUGACGUCGAGGACGCCGCGCGCGGACGCGGAGACGGACGCGGAGGCGAGCGGGCGCGAUGGUCGAGCGUCCGCGCAUCGGCGCGCGUCGACGAGCGCGGACGCGGGCGAGCGCGCGCGCGCGCGAUGGUUUCGACCGGGCGUCCUGGACGCCGUCGCACGCGCGGACGCGCGAUGGCCGAAAGAGCUCGCGGAGUCGGUGAUGCCGAGAGGGGUGGACGCGUACGACUCGGGCGCGCGCACGAGCGACGACGACGCGGAGCGGUACCCGACGAUCUUGACGGAUGAGAAGGGGGAAAGGGUGUACGUCGCGUGCGUGUCGUUCAUCGCGGCGGCGCCGGAGAGAAGUCUGCUGACGAUGACGGAGUGGGAUUGGACGCCGGCGCGGGCGCGAGCGUGCGUGUGUUUAGUCUCGCGGGCGCCGUGUUUGGACGCGUGGAUGGAGGCUCUCUGGCACAUGUUCGAGGCGUACGUGAAGCGAGCGAACGGGCACUUGCCGGCGCUGAGGACGAUGGUGGAUGGGUUAGUGGAGCGUCUGACGUGGCGGGCCGAACGCUCGGUGUUGUUUCCGGUGGGUGGAGCGCUCGUGGCGGUGCCGCCACACGGCGCGGCGUGUUCCGUCAACAGAGAGGCAUUCGUGGAUGGAAAGGAGCUGCUGUUCAGGUGUUUGACGGCGCAAACAAUCAUCCAGUGCGUGAUGUUGAUCGCGUGUGAGCGUCGAUUGUUACUGCGAAGCCAGAACGUGAGUUUGGUCGUGAAGUGCGCGGAGACCUUGCGAAGUCUCGCACACCCGCUCGUGUGGAGACACGUGUACGUUCCGUGUGUGUCGACAUCCAUGGUGGAUUACGUGGCGGCGCCGAUGCCGUACAUCAUGGGCAUCUCCGCCGACAUCGUCGUGAAUGAGCGUAAUUUAGACGGUGUGGCGGUGUUAGACUUGGAUCAGGGAACAUUACACGACGGUGAUGACCGCGUUCUGAUGCCUCCGGCGGACAUGUUGCACAGUCUCACGCAGCGUUUGCGCGAGGUUUUACACCCCGGUGUUGUGCACGUAGGCGAUACGGAUGCGGACGCGGUCUCUUGCCGGUGGUCGAUGGAGACUAAUAGGAGGUUGACGGAUAUUUUUACGGAUUUUUGGUACGAUUUGUUACAACUUGAUUCGCUGGAAAAGUACGUCAAGGAGAGCGAAGAUGCGCAUCAGUUGAAGAUGAACGAGUACAACAACGCACUGGGCGUCCAAAGGUGCCAUCUGACUGAUCAAAUCGUCGAGACGAACGCGUUCAUGUCACUACUUAGCGACGUACAUUCUCUGAUGAGACGAAGCAAGUCAAAAUCGGAAGACAGGUCGACCAAGAGCCGAGCAAAAUUUCGCUCCACACAGCUCAUGGAAAAUUCCCGAAUUCCAGUUUCAUCUUCAUCGUUGUGCUUCGCGAAGACGACGCUGUUGGUCCCACGGCUUCACGAGCUGGAUUUUGACGAGGAAGAAGCGCCAGAAACUCUCCUUCAAUCGCUUUCCCUGCACGAACCACCGCAAAUCAAUUCGAUGGUCGAUACAAAGCCCGACAAACAACAAAUGAGCGAACUGACGCCGGUUGGAGCACUACGACGAGCGGGAACAAAACCAGCGUCGAGAGCUUCCUGGGGAUGGGUGAAAGACAAGCUCAAAAGAAAAGUGUUGAGCCGUGAUGAGUUCAUAUCAGUGUCCGAGAGGCGACUCGAUGCGGACAAGGCGAGUGUAAAAGGCGAGGAUGCCAUCAAGUUUGAAUGGUACUACAAUACUUUGACAAAGGAGGACGCCAACACGCUGGCAGGUCUUGUUCGCUUACACAGAGACAGACUGAGCGGCGAGGAUGUGGAUGAAAUGCCUGAAUCGAUCUCGCCGAGCGCUUCGAUGCACUCUAGCGAACCGUCGUUCGACCUGCACGAAGAUAACUUCGACGCCGUGACGGCGCUCGUCUAUCCGAUAUUCAACGACUCGGAUGUCGUCAUCGCCUCAGCUUUAGCAGAGCACACGGCCAACGUCAACUACCCUGCUCUACUCACAGGCGUGGAGAGAUACUUGGUAAAUGGUUCUAAACGUUACACCGUCAUCUCAACGGCUAUUAGGGCAGUGGUAGUGCGGGCGGACGCCGCCGGGGACGCAAAAUCUCUCGCUCGCGUGAUGGCCAUUGUACGAAAGUAUCAGCCAGCAAAAUGUCACAAGCUUUGGCUGCAGGGGUCGACGCGAUGGGCUGAAGUGAAUCUUUGGCGUGGGUUAAUCAAGGUCAACACUCAUGUUCGAUGGUUAGAAGGAGCGGACCCGCAGACUCAAACUGAAGACCUCAUUCGCUGCUUCGCCAUCGUGGGUUUGACGUCGGCGCAGUCGGCGGAGUUAUUGAAUCAACUCAACUUUCGCAGAGUUGACGAUAAAAGUGAACUUUUGGUGGCCGGUAUCGAAGGCGGGGUGAUCUUAUCGCCCGAGGCGUAUGCAUCAAUAUCGUUCGAGUCGUGGGUGGAGUCAUUGAGAGAAUCGAGCACCGUUCACUUUGGUGUGAAAGCCGACGAUGACCUGGAAGAAUGCGAGUCCAUACCAGAUUGCUGUCCGUUUGCAACAACGGAGACUGAGAUUUGGAAACGAACGGCCAUCACGGCGAUUAAUGUGCAGUCUGGAGUCGUAUCGUCGCUGGUGGGGCUUGGAAGCGGUAAGGGUGACAUCGCGUUCUUCGCCCCAGAUACCAACGUCUUGACGCGUUCGCAGAGUCAAUCUGAAACGCGGUCUGCAUUUUCAGCCUUGACUUUCGUCCCACGCAGCUCCCGCGUCUUUUGUGGACGUCGAGACGGUGCGAUUGAGAUUUGGGACUCGACAACGUGUACUCGGCUUUCUGUUCUAAAGAAAGCUCAUAAGGGGAAGAAAAUAUCUUUCGUUUCGCCGGUGGUGAACCAAGUCAUUUCAUCGGCGCCGUUAACAGCGUCUGCCGGGGAUGAUGGCACCGUUAAACUCUGGGAUGCUCGACAGAGCGAUGAUCGAAGAGCUGUGAGUGUGAUCGCUGGGCAUGAAGGUGGUGUCAGCGCUUUUGCCACUCGGGAUGCACGCGGCGGUGCCGUCGGUAGCAUCCUCACGGGAGACGAGGGGGGUGUGGUGCGCGCGUGGGAUCCUCGUCACGCAGGGGCCGGGCCAGUGGCGUUAGCAAAAGCGCACCAUGGCCGGGUUACGUGUUUAGCGCCUUUGCAGCGCUCGGACACGACGGCGAGUGCCGGUGCCGACGGUUCAGUCAGGAUUUUGCGUCUCGACGGCGUCGAGGGCGGUAACAUUAGGCUGAGCGGACACCUCGCAGAUAUUUCUUCGCUCGCGGUGAUUCAGGACGACACGCGCGGCCGACAGCCUGUCGGUUUGAUCGCGUCGGGAUCUCGAGACGGUGAGCUUUGUCUGUGGUCCGGAGGUGAGCUUGUGAAGGACGUCCGCCAGCCGUGGAGAUGCGUGAGUAAAUCAAGAGCACACUUUGGCACCAUCUCGUGCCUAGCCGUCGAAUCGAGCGGGCGAGCGAGACGCGCGAAUCUCGUGAACACCAACUCAGGUGGUGUGCCACAAACAGGCUACGAGGUUCAAUCAUUCCUCUCGGCGUCCAUGGACCGCUCGUUUGCGUGUUGGAGUCUCAAAACAGCUCGAAUCAAGGGAACCGUAACCACCACGAGCUGGACGCCUGCAACUAUGCACGCUUCCCCGCGCACCACCGAGGCCUCGUGCGGGGUCAUCGAGCCAUCGAAGAGACGUUUCUUGAGUGGCGACCGCUACGGGGUCGUCACGUGCGCGUCGCUCUCGUCCACCGCGUGA